AGCAUGCACCAAUAAUAAUUGUAUGCAAACCUCCAUAAUACCGAAGAGAAGAAGAAGAUGUUUUGUUGCUUUUCAACAGCCCUUCUCGCAGGAAGUGUGAAUGCCCUAACAUCUAGCACGGUUGCAUUGCUUUAAAAUUCCACUGCAGACGUCGGAUUGAACAUACAUUGGGUUUCACUGGUUCGCUGCACGGAUAGCGCUGCUGUAAUCAGUCUGGUAUUUUAUAGGCUUCCUUUACUGGGCCUUAGUUUUAAUUGUCUAUCUGGACUCUUGAAGAGGACGUUGUUCCAACAGACUCUCGGGUAGAGUUAGACGAUAACAGAUAACAGGAUUCUUGGUGAAUAGGGCUUUAAACGUUUUUAUUUUAAUAGAUCAGGUCAAAUCUAGGUGAGAUUAGCCUACAUCAGACAUGUAUUUGUCACCACUGAAGUUUUGAUAUUGAAAAGGACGUCUGAUCGCUCUGGUCUAGCUGUUUUUGUCUGAUCUGAAUUCUGCAACAAAGAAAGUAACUGUAGUGUAGGAUAGCUACAGAUUUACUGUCAUGUUUUUAUUUGAAGAAAGAAUAGCUUCCACGAUGGAUCGGGACAGAGCUAGUCCGUCCCCCUCCACCCUGCCGGAGUCCCCUGGUCACAACUCUCCUGGUAGCGCCUUACUGCUGGAUCUGAAGAGGGUUUCUGUGCUGCUGGUCGACUGCAGGAAAACAGCAGGGCAGAGUGGAACUGUGAGAGAAGGACACGAGGAGGAUGAGAAGGAAGAAGAUGGAGAUUUGAUUUCAUCAAGUGACACCCCUAACCGUCGUUCUCUCAGUGGGAGGAGCUUAUCAUCUGGGGAGCCUCAACAACAUGUUGCUGACGAGACAGAGAAGAGUCUCUCCAGAUCAGAACACCUCAAGAAACACCAGCAGAGAUGUAGAGGGAAGAAACCUCACCACUACUGCUCUGACUGUGGGAAGAGUUUCACUAGCAGGAGUGGCUUCAUUAUGCACCAGCGGAUUCACACCCGAGAGAAACCGUACUGCUGCUCUCAGUGUGGGAAGAGUUUCACCUGUGCAGGAGGUCUUAAAGUACACCAAAGAAUCCAUACUGGAGAGAAGCCUUACAGCUGCCCAGAAUGUGGGAAGUGUUUUACUGCUUCUAACGCCUUCAAAUAUCAUUUGCGAAUUCAUACAGGGGAGCGGCCUUACCCCUGCCUUGAUUGUGGAAAGAGCUUCAACCAGUCAUGCAACCUGACGACACACAAGCUAACACACACUGGAGUGAAGCCUUAUAGCUGUGAUCAGUGUGGGAAGAGCUUCAAUCAGGCAGUCCACCUGACCACACACAAGCUAACACACACUGGAGUGAAGCCUUACAGCUGUGAUCAGUGUGGAAAGCGCUUUGCUGUAGCUUCCACCCUGAAUAGACACCAGGUAACACACACAGGAGUUAAGCCUUAUAGCUGUGAUCAGUGUGGGAAGAGCUUUUCUGUAGUUUCCUCCCUGAUUAGACACCAGGCAACACACACUGGAGAGAGAACUUAUGUUUGUCUAUGUGGGAAGAGCUUUGCUCUAGCUUCCACCCUGACUACACAUCAGCGAACACACACUGGAGAGAAACCUUAUAGCUGUGAUCAGUGUGGAAAGAGCUUUGCUGUAUCAGAAAAACUAAUUAUACACCAGCGAACACACACAGGAGAAAAGCCUUAUAGCUGUGAUCAGUGUGGGAAGAGCUUCAGUCAAUCAGUACACCUGAAUACACACCAGCGAACACACACAGGAGAGAAUCCUUAUAGCUGUGAUCAGUGUGGGAAGAGCUUCAGUCAAUCAGUACACCUGAAUACACACCAGCGAACACACACAGGAGAGAAACCUUACAGCUGUGAGCAUUGUGAAAAGAGUUUCAGUCAAUCAGGGAGCCUAAAUUCACACCAGCGAACACACACUGGAGAGAAACCCUAUGUCUGUUUUUGUGGGAAGAGCUUUGCUCAUUUAGGGCCAAUGAAAAAACACCAGAAAGCAAAAAUGUGCCGUAUUUCAUCUUCCGAUCCGACACCGGUUCCAGAUCCCUAAAUAAAGGAUCAAUAGAAAACAUAUAUUGAACAGUCAUAUCCAUCUCUUUCUUGCUCUGCUUUCUUAACACUAUGAACAAGGCAGGUCCUACAGGCCCUAGUUUUGUCGCACCUUGACUACUGUUCAGUCGUGUGGUGAGAUGCCACUAAAAAGGACUUAGGAAAAUUGCAAGAACAGGGCAGCACGGCUGACCCUUAGAUGUACACAGAGAGAUAAUAUUAAUAAUAUGCAUAUCAAUCUCUCCUUGCUCAAAGUGGAGGAGAGAUUGACUUCCUCACUACUUGUAUUUAUGAGGUAUUAAAACAUGUUGAAUGCACCGAGCUGUCUGUUUGAACUACUGGCACACAGCUCGGACACCCAUGCAUACCUUACAAGACAUGCCACAGGAGGUCUCUUCACAGUCCGCAAGUCCAGAACAGACUAUGGGAAGCGCACAGUACUACAUGAGUCAUGACUACAUAGAACUCUAUUCCACAGUACUACAUAGAGCCAUGACUACAUGGAACUCUAUUCCACAGUACUACAUGAGUCAUGACUACAUAGAACUCUAUUCCACAGUACUACAUAGAGUCAUGACUACAUAGAACUCUAUUCCACAGUACUACAUAGAGCCAUGACUACAUAGAACUCUAUUCCACAGUACUACAUAGAGCCAUGACUACAUAGAACUCUAUUCCACAGUACUACAUAGAGCCAUGACUACAUAGAACUCUAUUCCACAGUACCACAUAGAGCCAUGACUACAUAAAACUCUAUUCCACAGUACUACAUAGAGCCAUGACUACAUAGACCUCUAUUCCACAGUACUACAUAGAGCCAUGACUACAUAGAACUCUAUUCCACAGUACAUUUACAUUUAAGUCAUUUAGCAGACGCUCUUAUCCAGAGCGACUUACAAAUUGGUGCUUUCACCUUAUGACAUCCAGUGGAACAGCCACUUUACAAUAGUGCAUCUAGGUCUUUUA